GGCAGGCAUGGAGCCCCGGAGGAGUCCCGGCGCCAGCAGCUGCAAGGCCCGAGAAACACAUCCUGGGAAGGAAAAUGCGGUGUGGACCCCUCUGCCAACUCCUGUGGCUGUGGCCCUGUCUGUCCUGUGUUCCAGCUGUGCCCAUGCGGAAAGUCCAGGAUGACACCAAGACCCUCAUCAAAACCAUUGUCACCAGGAUCAGUGACAUCUCACACACGCAGUCGGUCUCCUCCAGACAGAGGGUCGUCGGUUUGGACUUCAUCCCUGGCCUCCACCCCAACCUGAGCUUGUCCACAAUGGACCAGACGUUGGCCAUCUACCAACAGAUCCUCGCCAGUCUGCCGUCCCGAAAUGUGAUCCAAAUAGCCAACGACCUGGAGAACCUCCGGGACCUUCUGCACCUGCUGGCCUCGUCCAAAAGCUGCCCCCUGCCCCGAGCCAGUGGCUUGGAGACCCUGGAGGGCCUGGGAGGCGUCCUGGAGGCGUCACUCUACUCCACGGAGGUGGUGGCCCUGAGCAGGCUGCAGGGGUUCCUGCAGGCAAUGCUGCAGCAGCUGGACCUGGGCCCUGGGUGCUGAGCCCCUGGGGGCUGCUCUUCCCCCAAGGACCACGCUGAGGAAAGAAUCCUGCUCCUAGGGUCCGCAGGACAAGAGAGCCGCAUGUGGACGUCCCUUCUCAGCACUCUCUCCGUGUCUCUCCCACUCCUCCAAGCCCUUCCAAAGCACAAGACUCCAUCUGGCUUAGAACCAAAGAUUGCUCUGCACACCAGGAAGGAGGGGGAUGUCCCUUCCAGCAAAGAGCAGGCUUCGGUCAUCAGCAAGAGCCAUGCUGUCUCUCUCUCUCUCUCUCUCUCUCUCUCUCUCUCUCUCUCUCUCCCCCAUUCUCCAGUGGGAUCCAGAGAGCUUCAGGCUGGGGGCGGAGCCUUUGGACCAUCAGAGCAAAGCUCCCCCUGGGAAUUCUGGGGAGCGGCCUGAAGGCUACAUCCACACGUGGCUGGAAACGCCCAAGCAGCCGUGGUGGGGGGCACGUGUUUAUUUAUUACGUGUUAGAUUCCGAAUGGACCUGAAGCCAAGAGUCAACUUUUCCGGGCUCUCUGGGGUCAGCCAGGGCUGAGCAUGCUCCUGGGCUGCGGCUUCCAGUCCCGGCGAGGGGUCUGGCCGAGGCAAACCCUUGUUCAGUGACUUGAGGGUUGGGGUUGACCGAGCAAGGGGCCACCGAGGUGGCUGUCGUGUUCGGUCUCUGCUAACUGGUGUUGUGUCUACUGUGAUUGGCUUCGAGUGAGUGUUUGCAAUGGCAUUGCCCCGAGUGGAUCGCCAAGGGCUGGGUUAUUUUUAGAAGCAGGUUAAUUUUGGCAGGUGUUGUGUGUAGUUGUGUGCACCUGCUGGGGGUGGGAUGUGUCGGUGGGGGAGGGGAAGGGUCUAGACUGGGUUUCCUAAGUGAUGCAUGUUUGGUGGGCUCUUUGGAUGGGGUGAGGUCGUUUUCUUAUCUUCUGCAGCCACUUAAGAUGGUUUUCUUGAAAAUAACAAAAGAGGCCGCUCUUUGAAGGGACUUGUAAGGAUUUGCACGUGCCUUUGAGGGAGGGGGCUGAAGGUGGAGGCUGCUGGCUGGGGCAGCUGUGAGCUCAGACAGCAAGAGUCCCACGCCACACCCUCCAAAUGAACAGUUCACAGGUGGCCCCGCUCUGGGUUUACAGCAUGGCCGUGUCCCUCUGUCCCUAUCUGGGGGUUGAGUGUCAAAUUAUAGUUCUUGUCUGAUUGGUUCAUCCACAGCAAGGUCAUGUUCCCUACCCAUUCCAUGGGGAGUCGUAUUCCAGUGGGAAAGGGAAAUCCUUCAGCAGGUGGUCCUAAGCCGUGGGCCAGAGCGUUUGGGUGGGUGCCAGAACGCCAAGCCAGGCGUCAUCCUGGCCACUGGAGGUCAGGUUCGCAAGGAUGAACCAGGAGGCUUGGGUUUUUCCACCAUCCUGCUGCCAUGAUGCUGCCGUCACACCGUGGGUGGUGGAUCUGUCCAAGGAAACUUGAAUCAAAGCAGUAAACCUAAAGACUGAGCACCUGCCCCGUGUUCAGCCCUGACCGGUGCUGUGAGCUAGGGGAAAGCUCACCAAAUAAAUGUGCAAAUCCAAUCCUGCCCUAAGGGACCUGACGUUCCCACGGCAAAACCCCACUUGCUGGUUGCCAAGGCGAUGGUCCACCACGGCAGCCCACAAGCUGAAAGCACAGUGUGGCCCCCAGCAGGUGCCAUGUGGAGUGACCCGAGAGUGGCAGUGCCCGGGGGCCCACAGGGAGCCCUGCAUGUACUCUGUAGCUUGUGUAAACUUUUAGGACACUGCUGGACCUAGUGCUGUGUAGCCACAUCUUUUUUUUUUUUUAAAGAGAGAUUUAUUUAUUUAUUUUUUAAACUCAGAGUUACAGGAAGAGAGGGGCAGAGAAAGAGAUCUUCUGUUCACUGGUUCACUCAGUAAGUGGCCACAACAGCCAGGGCUGAACCAGGCGAAGCCAAGAACCAGGAGCUUCUUCCAGGUCUCCCACGAAGGUGCAGGGGCCCAAGCACUUGAGCCGUCUUCUACAGCUUUCCCAGGCCAUCGGCAGGAAGCUGGAUUAGAAGUGGAGCAGCCGGGACUCGAACGGGCGCCCAAAUGGGAGGCUGGCAUCGCAGGUGUUAGUUUUACCUGCUGCGCCACAACAUUGGGCCCUAACCACAUCCUUUUGAAGCAGUAUACCUGAAACUUUAAAAACAAGAAAUGACAGGUUGAGUGUUCCUAAUUCAAGAUGCUUAGGACCAGAAGUGGUGCACACUGGAUUUCAGAAUAUUUGCAUACGCAUAAUGAGACAUCUGGGGGAUGGGAUCCCCAGGUCCAAACACCAUAUUCAUUCAUGUUUCAUAUACUCUAUACACAUGGUCUGAAGGCAAUUUUACAUAAUGCUUUUAAUAACCGUCUGAGACAAAGCUUCAUGGCGUGGCAUUUUCCGCUUGUGGGAUCAUAUCGGUAGGUGCUCGGAACAUUUCAGCUUUGGGAGAAUUUUGCAUUUUCAAAUUCAGGAUGUUCGACCUGUCCCUAGGACUGUAACAGCCAACAGGUGGCAGGAGCAGGUCUGGAGCCCAGAGCGUCCCUCACGCCGGGUAACGCUCUCAGGGCAGGGGACACGGGAAUCCUUUCUGUAUGUGAUCUUAGUCAAAAGGCUGAGAAGUGAUGGGAGUGCUUUCUGGAAGAGAGACAUUUUGCAGGUGCUGAGGGAGGUGAGCUCGCUGCAGGAAGGAGGUGAUUUUGUUGGACGCUUGGUGUGUGCAGGUGCAUGGGUGUAGGAGACGGUGGGAGGUGCAGAAGAAAGAAGUAGGAGGGAAAAGGACAUGUUGAGGGGCAGCUGAGGGCCGCAGAAGUCAGAUGGUCAGACAGCUGGGACUCGCAAGUUCCGGAGCAGAGGCUGGGUGGUGGCCAGGGUGGAACCUGCCCAGAAAACCGUGACUUAGGUCAUUGCUGCCUCUGCACUGGGCUGAGGCGUCUCCAGCUCUCUGCUCUCAAAACCUGGCACAGUGUGAAACUCCCCAAAUGCAAGCGAUUGUCUUCCUUCUUUUUUUUUCCCCCAUAAUUUAAAAAUGUUUGUUUUACUGAAAAAUAGAUAUUUAAAUAAAUCAACUUUGCCCCCUG